AUGGAUGGGGACAACUGCACUAUAGUGAACGAGUUCAUUCUUGUGGGACUCACAGAUCGAUCUGAACUGCAAAUCAUCCUCUUCAUAGUCUUCUUGCUGGUCUACAUUAUCACAGUAUUGGGGAAUGCUGGGAUCAUUGUAAUCGUGAGGACUUGCUCUCAGCUUCAGACGCCAAUGUAUUUCUUCCUUAGCAACUUAUCAUUCCUGGACCUGUGCUAUUCCUCUGUCGUAACACCCAAGAUGCUAGUGAGCUUCAUAUCACAUAGAAAAACCAUCUCCUACUCUAGCUGUUUCACUCAGUUGUAUUUUUAUAUUGCUUUGGCAACAGCAGAAUGUUACCUCUUGGCAGCCAUGGCAUAUGAUCGCUAUGUGGCCGUCUGUAACCCACUGAUGUACACAGUCAUCAUGUCUGAAAGACUAUGUGUUUUGUUGGUGUUUGCUUCUUUUGUGGUGGGCUUCCUAAAUGCAACAGUACAGAUAGGUUUUUCCUUAACAGUGUCCUUUGGUGAUUCUAAGGUCAUUAACCAUUUCUUUUGUGAUGGGCCACCAUUGAUGAAGUUGGCCUGCUCUGAUACCACUCUCAACCAAAUCCUUGUUUUUACUAUUGUUGGAUUCAAUGAAGUUACCACCACGUCCAUAGUUCUCAUCUCUUAUACCUGCAUCUUCUCUACCAUCCUCAGAAUACGCUCCAAUGACAGCAAGCACAAAGCUUUCUCCACCUGUACUUCUCAUCUAACCGCCGUCAGUUUGUUCUAUGGGACCCUCCUCUUUAUGUACUUGAGACCCAGUUCCAGCUACUCUUUGGAGCAGGAUAAAAUAAUCGCAGUGGUUUACACAGUAUUGAUCCCGUUCGUGAAUCCCCUGAUCUAUAGCCUCAGGAACAAAGAUGUGAAGGAUGCCUUGAUUAAAGGAAUGGAGAGACUCAGGAUUUCAAGAUAAAUGUAGCAGUCGCAUACUGGAAAGAAUAUAGCAAAGGGUUAGCUCUUUGAUUUACCUGAAGGUUGGGGAGGGGAGAGAAUUGUAAAACAAAAGAAAAAAAUAGGAAUAAAAACUAAUGCUCAUUAUCUAUAUAUAUCCAGAGUUAUACAGGAUUAUAUUCAAUGUUAGUUAUACCCAUUGUGCCAGGCUGGUACAAUAAGAGUGCUGAACUUUAGUAAUGUACAUUCAUUGAUUUUAAUAGGUCUGAGCUCUGAAUAUGACAGUUGGAUAUCAUCCACACCUUAUUAUUUCAAAUAGAGAUUUUCACAAGCCUUCAUAAAGUAACCAAAAGGAAGAAAAAUAAUAUAUUUGUACGUACAGUAUCUACAAUAAAUAAAAACGAGAACAUAGUGAUAGUAGUAGUUGUAGUACUAUGAGUAGAUUUUUAGAAGGUUCUUAAUGCUUAGAAGGGAUAGGUAUGGAGAGUGUAUUGAUUGCUAUUACCGUGUGAAACCAAACAAAUAAACAAGUAGAAGGCACAAAUAUAGACAUGUUGAAAUUUAGAUUUUCAAAUAACAUUGGUUGCACAUUGGCUUGAAAUUUAUUGUUCCAGUGAUUUAUCGAUAUGGACCAUCUCUCAGUGAGCUUGUCUCCCGUCUUUUGCUUAGCCCUAUGUUUCGCUUGGCUUAGAAGUAUGUAAAGUUUAUUA